GUCUUUCAGUGAACUCAGCUGAAUUAAGUUCAGAGUACUCACAACUAUUAGUUUUAAAACUUAAAUGGUUUAAGGCAAUCGGUUUCCUCAAACGGUUUGAGUAAACCUAACUUGUCAGGUUUUUAAGGAUAUCUGUUUACUCAAAAGGUUUGAGUUACUGUGACUUGUCAGGUUUUACAGUGUGGGAAAGAUGAAGACGAGGGAGGAUGGACGGUGAUUCAGAGGAGAAUGGACGGCAGUGUGAAUUUCUAUCGGCCGUGGAAUCAGUACAAGAGAGGAUUUGGGAAUGUGGAGGGAGAAUACUGGCUGGGGCUGGAGAACAUGUACCAGCUGACACGUAACAACAAGUACAUGCUGAGAGUGGAUCUGGAGGACUUUGAAGGAAAUAAAGGUUUCGCUCUGUACUCGUCCUUCUCUGUGGAUUGUGAAACCGAUGGAUAUCAGCUGCGUGUUUCAGGAUUCACUGAUGGAGGAGCAGGCGACUCUUUAUUUGGCCAUAAUGGAUUCAAGUUCACCACCUUUGACAAAGACCAAGAUGUCUCUGAAAAUAGCUGUGCCAAACAGUUUCUCGGGACAUUUUGGUACUCAAACUGUCACAGCACAAACCCCAACGGUGUGUAUUUAUGGGGUGAAGAUCCCACCCUUUACGCCAUUGGAAAUGUCUGGUCAUCAUGGAAGGGUUAUGCUGUCGGUAUGAAAUCCAUCAGCAUGAAGAUCCCCAACAUGUGUCAUAGAAACACUGCAGUUCUUCUCAGUAAUAAACAACAAAACAAUCAAUUUAAUGUUUAAUUGUUUCCUGUUUUCUAAUAACUGUGUAACUUAGUAAAUCAUGCAGGAAAAUCACUCUCAUAAACUUAUGAUUUUAUGAAUUGUUCUUUGUUUUGGGUCUCUUCUUUUAAUUUGUAACCGAAAUGAAUCAACAAUGCAUACAAUUAGAAUAAACUCCGGCACUGAAAUCAUUAUGUCAGAUGUUUAUCUCCACAAUAGACACCAGAAACAUUAAAUGAGAAAUUCAGUGGAGCCACAGCUGCUGAUAAACCAAUAAUAAAAAGAGCAUUAAAAACUCA